UUCGCGAUUCAUUGGACUGUACAGAUCUUCUCUUUCUUUUCAGUAAAGCCAAUUCUUGUCGCUAUUUGUCUCCUAGGCCAUCGAUCCUUUCUAGACAUCGCCCGCAUCGGAUUUGGUAAUCGGGAGCCUUUAUCUGUCAGUUACGGCAGUCCUGAUAGUGAGACCUAUCAUGGGGUUGGUGAUAUAAACAAACAGCAAGAAAACUACAACGAAGAUACUUGCUGUGUAUCUGCGUGUCUGAAUAUAUGGGAAACGGGACCAGGCCCAUGAGAACAAUAAGGAAACCAAACAAUUCGAAACCACUCUCUUGCCCGAUAUUACUAGAUACCUAGCCUCAAGAAACAUGCCACCCAUCAUUCCCACGCAGGCUACUGCAUUGAACCGACCGCGUAUCAUUUGCUAUCACCAGACCAUUUGCGCCAGAGAUGCCGGGUACGUGUCAAUGCUCCCCCUGCUACACAACAGCACGGGUAUCACGCACAUCAUCAUCGCAGCUAUCCAUCUCAAUUCGGGGCCUGGAAACAUCACAUUGAACGAUGACCCGCCUGACAGUCCAGUAUACGCGCCGCUCUGGGAGGAAGUGCCUCAAGUGAAGGCGGCCGGGAUCAAGGUUAUGGGUAUGCUAGGUGGUGCCGCUCAAGGCAGUUUCCAGCGUCUGGAUGGCACCCCGGAACAAUUCGAAGCAUACUACGCGCCUCUACUCUCCAUGAUCCGUCGCCAUGGACUCGAUGGCCUGGACCUCGACGUGGAAGAAGAGAUGUCCCUUCAGGGAAUCAUCCGUCUCAUCGACCGCCUCAAAGCCGAUCUCGGGGAUGGCUUCAUCAUCACCCUGGCUCCCGUGGCUGCUGCGUUGCUGGGCUUUGGUAACCUCUCCGGGUUCGAUUACCGCCAACUCGAGCAAGCUCGAGGAUCGAAGAUCAGCUGGUAUAAUACGCAAUUCUACAAUGGUUGGGGUCCCGCAGAAGAUCCACGCAUGUAUGCUGCGAUGAUUACGCAAGGGUGGCCGACGCAGAAGAUUGUGUACGGUUUGCUCACGAACCCGGGGAAUGGGUCGCAGGGGUUUGUUCCUAGAGAGAAGAUCACUGCUAUCCUGGCGGUGCUGCGGGAGGAAUUUCCCGGGUUUGGAGGCGUGAUGGGGUGGGAGUAUUUUAAUUCGUUGCCUGGGGAUAAAGAGAAGCCGUGGCAGUGGGCGGCGGAGAUGUCAUUGAGUAUGGGUAUGAAGGAUGUUGUGACGGCCGCUCGGGCAGUUUUGUCGCAUGGUCCAAUGACGGCUAGCGUGAUGAAUGUGCUCAGGGAUAUGAUGAAUCAACGGUAGGUAGAAGGUUUUAUGUAUAAGAUGAGAUUAUCGGAACAUAGUAUUUAUAUAGAGAGCGUGAAGCAAUCAUGCGGCUUUGAAGAUC